GCUGGGGGAUUCGUUUUGAAACCAGCAAAAGAGAGAGGCAGAGCCGUCUAGUUUGACCCGUUGUUGUGUAAUUACCGCCUUCGAUUUAGAUGAUCAGCGUUUUAUCUCUCCAGCCCCUAGCAUCCACCACCGGCUACGGAGAUAAAGAAAAGCGUAUCUGCAGAAAAUAGAGAAAAUAGGCGAGCUGCGCAGCGGCGACACGAGUAAAACGCCGCAGCUGUUGUAUUAAACUCCUUCCUCAGGUCUGAGGAUGAGGCUGUCGAGAAACAGCAGACGGUGCUCAACAGUAGGUGGAGAUGGGAAGAAGGAGCUGGCUCCCCCAUUUAGGAACCCCUUUGUGCAUGACUUACGGUUCACCCCACUGCAGAAAGCCAAGAUUGCCAUCAUGACAGUGACACUGUUUCCAAUACGUCUCUUUUUUGCUGCCUUCAUGAUGUUGCUCGCCUGGCCUUUUGCAUUUCUUGCAUCCGUGGGACGUUCAGAGGAAGCUGUGGAGCCACAGUCCUGGUGGAGAAAAGUUGUGGAUUUCCUCCUCAGAGCAAUAAUGAGGGCAAUGUGGUUUGCUGGGGGGUUCCACUGGAUGACUGUGAAAGGGCGCCAGGCACUGCCUGCUGAGGCUUCCAUUUUGACUCUUGCGCCACAUUCUUCUUACUUUGAUGCCAUUCCUGUUACCAUGACCAUGGCUUCCAUUGUAAUGAAGGCGGAAAGCAAGGACAUUCCAGUUUGGGGCACUUUAAUCAAGUACAUUCGGCCAGUUUUUGUAUCCCGGUCUGAUCAGGACUCCCGAAGGAAAACUGUGGAGGAGAUAAAGAGGAGAGCCCACUCAGGAGGAGAGUGGCCUCAGAUAAUGAUAUUCCCAGAGGGAACUUGCACCAACAGGUCAUGUCUGAUCACAUUCAAGCCUGGAGCUUUCAUUCCUGCAGUGCCUGUGCAGCCUGUGGUGCUCCGCUACCCCAACAAAAUGGAUACAAUUACAUGGACUUGGCAAGGGCCUGGAGCAUUCAAAAUUCUGUGGCUCACCCUGUGCCAGUUACACAAUGUUGUGGAAAUUGAGUACCUACCAAUCUACACUCCUUCUGAAGAGGAGAAGAAGAAUCCUGCUUUAUUUGCGAACAAUGUGAGGAGUGUGAUGGCAAAGGCUUUGGAGGUUCCUGUUACAGAUUACUCAUUUGAGGACUGCCAGCUAGCCAUGGCUGAAGGCCAAUUCAGACUUCCAGUGGACACAUGCCUCUUAGAAUUUGCAAAACUCGUUAGAAGACUGGGAUUAAAACCAGAGAAAACCGAGAUGGAGCUUGAAGAAUAUGGCAACAGGGCAAGACCGUUCAAAGGCGAAAAGCUGAACAUAGAGGACUUUGCCAAAUAUUUAAAACUCACAGUCUCAGAUACAUUGAAAGACAUGUUCGCACUCUUUGAUGAGAAUGCAGAUGGCAAAAUGGACAUUCGAGAAUAUGUGAUUGCCUUAUCUGUAGUAUGCAGACCAUCUAAAACACUGGAAACAAUAAAACUGGCUUUUAAGAUGUUUGAGACAGAAGAAGAUGGGCCAAUUACAGAAGAAGAUUUAGCCUGCAUUUUAAAGACAGCUUUAGGAGUUUCAGAACUGAAUGUAGCAGACUUGUUUUGCGCCAUAGACAUUGAAGAAAGGGGAAAGAUCAGUUUUGAUGAUUUUAAGAACUUUGCGGAUCAGCAUCCAGAUUUUGCAGAGCAAUACCUCUAUCCAGAUCAGGCGGGUUUUGAGAGCUGUGCCGAGACCCCAUCAACAACACUGGCCAAUGGUUUCUGCCCAGACUUCACUCCUGAGGAUCUGAAGAAACUUAACUGAAAGGUUAUUGUAAGAUCCCAAGUCUGCUCUCCUGGUGAGAGAAAAUGGCUUAAGAUUGGGGUGUGCUACACGGUUAGUCAGACGAGUGAGGGUUUAAUUUAACUGUGUGAACAUGCUACUUCCACCUCUUAGCUUGUAUUUAUUACAAUUUCAGUUGUUUUUUCUUUGCUUUUUGCUUGGGAGAGGUACAUGAAAGCCUCAAAAUGUGAAUGUGCUUCAUCUGUGAAAGAAUAUUUGAAGGGAAACCAAGCACCUUUGAUUUUGUUUCUUUCCUUUGUUUUAAUUUGGGUGAAAAUUGUAACAUAUUGACUGUGCAUGUUUUAAACAAAAUUCUAAUGGAAAGAUGAAAACGUUAACGGUUGUGAUUAGUGAACUUUGUUCAGUGAAAUAGUGUUGUAUUCAUUUUGUGAGAUGUUUAUUUUUUGUGUUAGCUUAACUAUUGCUUUGAAGCAGCCUUUAAAAAACAAAGAAAAAGUGUUUGCAUAGGAUGGUCUUGGGAAUGUUUAGUUGGAACAGUGUUAGACUGAUAAAAAGAAGAAUCUGAAAAACCUUUAAGCACCCAUAAAGGCACAGUGCAGUAGCUUUUGACUACUGACUAGAUUUUAAUGAUUGGUAAGAUAUGAUAGGUAAGGCAAAAAUAAGAUACCGGUUACAAGCCAGUUUAAUUGUGUGCUCAGGGGACCAGCAAUUUCUAAAUGAAAAACAAACAAAAAACAUAACAUUACAUGGAGAGACAUGACCAAGGUAGUAACAUAUACUUCUGCAUUCAUAUUGUAUGUAGAUACAGUAUGGGCAUGCACAAGUUCAUAUGAGAAUGCAUCAGGUUUACACACUGAAGCCUUUUUUUGCUUAUCAGUACUUUAGUCGUAAUGUACUGGUAGAGAUAAUCUUGUUACCUUUUACUUCAAUAUGCACAGAUUUGCUUUCAAAAACUUAAAUGCUCAGUGGACCAAAAACUCUAGACUGACUGAAUGAAUGGUUAUGUAUGUUACAGUCAAAGACUACAAUCUGAACAAUGGCAACUGACAAAGAAAAUGAGAGAUUUCAUAUUGGAUUUUUGUCUUUUCUUUUACCUGUAACACAUAUACUGUACACAUGUGGACCAUGUACUGUUGGCAAAAAGGCAAAACAAUAAGUCGGGUUUUUGUUUAUUUCUAAAUAUUGUAAAAUCAUGUUAGCUUAAUUUUUUACCCGCCUUCUUCAGGCCUUACAGUAAGAUUUGAGAUAUUCAUCCAACAUAAUAGCUAAUAGUAUUCACAGUUAAAAAAAUGUUUUAAUUGGAUUAGAUUAUAUUUUUACAAAACAGCCCGGGCAUAGUGAACGAAAAAUGCCCAUGCUACUAAAACACUGUUACUUUUUUAAAGUACAAACUGUAACUAAAAUUGAAAGAACACAAAAGCAUUUUAGUUUUAAUUUAUUUUCUGUGAAAUAUUUACUUUUGCAUUUCGAUUCCAUUUUGUAAUAAGGUUUCAUAGCAAUGUACUGUACAAAAUAACACCUUGAAAGAAAAUCUAAACUAAGAAAUAUUGGUGGGGUUUACAUGCGGAAGUGAAAGUGUUGAUUUCUUAUUUAUCACACCUCUCAGCAGAUCGCAUUUGCAUAUUUUUGGUCUCAUAGAGAGAGAAAUCCUAUUACAAAUUGAAAUUCUGCCACAGUGAAAUGCUAAGGUACUCCACGUUGGUUCUGUGGACAGCGGAUGUUUGCUGUAUUUACAUAAGGAUUUCAGCUGUAAGUAUGAAGAAAAAGAAAAACAGUACAAAUAAAACUUAUCAGUACAUGAAUGUGUCUUUGAAAGAAAGUUGUUAUUUUUACCAGUAUGGGAAUUAUUUUACCCGUAUAAUUGCCUAAUACUAGUCUAUCAAUGCAUAUAUUAUGUGAAAUAGUAUGUAUCAUAAAAUGACAUUCAAAUAGGGGCAACAACAAUGUUUGAGAAAAAACUCAAUAAGUAAUGAUUUUGAUAAUGUCAUUUAAAAAAAUCAUACACAAAUAAUGGAGAGAGCAUUUGAAAUUCCUUUUUUAGAUGCACCAGAUUUUAGUGCUUGUACUUUCUGUAGCAUGAAGAUUGUGCAUGACUUGUGCACAUUAGCACUGUACAACAAUAGCACAUGGCAGGAUUUUCUAAACAAUACUGUAUGUAAACCCAGCCAUUGGCAUCUGUUCUUUCACAAAUGUAAAACAGGUAUCUAAAUAUGCUGUUUGAAAUUAUUUACUCAUGAAGUGUUCCAGCACCAUCAAGAAAAUAAUUUAGGCUCUAACUGAAGAAAAUUAUUUUGUAAGAAAAGUGAAUGUUGAUACCCUCCUCUCUUUUUAAUGCAAGAGCUGUACUUCAUGUUGAUAUUUUUAUCACUUAAUCAAUUUGAAGAUUUUCUUGGCAUGUGAAACAUUUUCUAAUCACCUGUAGUUUUCAAACAAUCUAAAAUAAUCUGAUUGUUUCAUCUUUCAACUUUUAACUGAUCACUGACAUAUACCAUUAGAUGUGUUAUUAUCACUUUACAUAAGCAAAUUCAACGAUUUUAAACCAAAUUCAAAACAAAGUCACAGCUAGUUAUGUUACAUGUCAUACAAUCUUUUGCAUUGUUCUGGUAAUUAACUUGCAUUGGCUGUACUGUUUAUUUCAACAAUUAAACUGAGUCAGUUGUUAAUGCUACAAUCCCAAAUAUUUAUUUUGGAGUAAACUUCCUUUUACUUCUCAUAUAGAGGUUGCUUAAUAUUUCAGAUAUCAAGUCAUUUUCAGUGCUUUGCUUUGGUAAUUUGAUUAAUAUCAGUGUCACAUACUAAGAAAGAGAAGCAUAAAGGAGAAAAGGGUUGAAAAAGUUAUGCCUUGAAACAAUAGCAACUCUGUCUUGGGCUCUGUUACUAUCCAGAUAGUCUGCAAUGUCUUAUUAUACCCUCUGUUAUCGUUUUGGAUGUUGUUGUUUACACUUAUUACACAUUAUACAUACACUAUUUAGAAAAUAAUUUCCUUAUUCUUCAUCAAUUGAAAUUAAUGUAUGUUAUAUUGCAGCUUUAAGUAUAAUUGAAAAACAUAGUUGUUGAGGGUGUAUAGUGCCUACAUGUUCACCUCUUAUUAUCAAUGUUAAUAUCAGCAAUAUUGAAAGCACUUGUUGAAAAGAGUCUAGGCUGUGCAGGCUUUGAUUUUAAAUAUUUAUUGAAAGAAGCAUAUGGUUUUUAGAGUGAAUCUAUUUAACUUUAAAUGGACAACUAAAAGUCUCCAGAUUCUGAAGCAGCUUGGUUUUUAGACAAAUCUGCAUAGGUAUUUUUUUUUACUGUGAAUUCUGUAGAGCACAAGUGGUGUUCAGUCUGUAACUUACUCUGAGCACUUUUUUAUUGUUUAGUUUUAUCUUGUCUUGUAAAACCAGAUACUUAACUCAAAGAAAUGGCGUAAUUUAAAAAAAUAUUCAUCCUUUUAAUACCUUGGCAAAACAUUAAAAAGGUGCUCAGUGUUGGGGAAAAAAUGUGAAACAAGUCACAGGAAAACCUAGAAAGAUAAUCUUAAAGUCCCUUGGUAUAUCAAUAUGCACCAUGUAAUGUACUUUCUUUGCUUUCCCUUUGAAUUAUACAUAAAAUGUUUUCUAAUUGUGUAUCCAGAUUAUUUUUUCACAUGACACUGUUCAAGCAGUAUAUUAUUUUGCUCCACAUGAGACAGGGCUACUUUUGUAAUGCUUGUUUACUUUGUGGAAAGCCUUAAAAUGGUAAAUGCAAGUUAAUGGCUGUCUUUGGAGCCUCUGAAGUUAGUUUUGUAUUGUGUGUUUAUAAAUUGUGUGAUACAAACAAUACUCUCUUGGAAAACAGUGUGCACAAAAGACUUACACAAAAAGGAGAUGAUGUUUGCAUUAGUCUUUUAAGUAUUAUAUUUCUGUAUAUAGCUUUUGCAGUUAAGUGGUAAUAUUCACUUAAAGUGUUUAACCUUUACAUUCCACUGUUCCACUGUUUUCUUGUUCAUGCUAUUAAAAGGCCUGUAAUACUUUAGAUUGCUUUUUAUUUUUCAGGGAGAAUUGUUGAUUGAUCCAUGCAGGUGAAAGAAUGCAUUCACAUAUGCAAAACAUAAGAAAGUUUGAGGUUUUAAAACAUUUAUUUCAGGGUCAAACAUUAAAGUCAGUCACUUAUAAAAUCUUUAUAAAAUGGUAAAAGAAUAAUGUUGGUAAAAAGUUUAAGCUUUUAUCUUCUUCAUACUUCUUCAUACUCAUACAAGAUGGCAGUUUGUCUUACUGUUACACUUGAUUGCACUUUUUUGCACGUAGAAGGCACAAAAUCAGCCCACAGUGGAUGAAUUAUCUAUACUGUUUAUCUUUAUGUAAGUCUGUACUGUGUACUGAAGCUAUAUUUUAUUAGCAUUUUCCCCAUGAUGUUUUGUCUAGAUCUUCAAACAAGUCCUUUUAAUAUAUAAUUUAAUAUUCCAUGUGCUAGGUAUUAUGGGAAUUUCAUUGUACAUGACUCUUGCUGACUUCAUGCUUCCCUUACAUUACCUUUGUAAUAUAAUGAACAUUCUUGUGCAUUUUAUUAUUAUUAUUCAUUAUUAUGACAGUGAUAUAGUAUAGAAAAACAUAACAGAAUGCCACCAUUUGUGUAUUCCUGAUAGAAUUGUUGUCAUUAAUAAUGAUAAAAUGUGCUGUAACAUCCUUUUUCCCCCUUCUUGUACACAUACCUGUAUACGAAUUUGAUUAACUUUUGUAACGUUUACCAAGGAAUUCUUUACUUUGAGGUUCCUGUUUAAUAACCAUAACUGUUCUUGUGAAAAUAUUGCCCUAUACUGACUUAACCAAAACGUAAAAUUAUUAAAAAUUUUAAACUUAAAAUAGGAAUAUUUCAGUGGGUUAGAUGAGGUCAUUUAAAAACCUUAGAGUUAUUUGCAGGGUUUAUGUGGAGUCAGAAUUGAUUUCUUUCAACUUGUCAUUUUCCAUUUUGUUUCCUAAGACCAAAAAUGUAAUAAAUUAACAUUCCUGUUUUUUUUUCCUUGCAUUGUUAAAAUGAGAAAUAAUUACAUCUUCCACAGUUGUACAGUAGUGGUUUGUCUGUGUGUGGCCUUGAAUUGUAGAUAUUUCUACUCAUGACAGGUCUCAACAUUAAAAAUGCCACUUUUGAAAAUGUUUAUAAAAUGUGGACACUUACAAUUAACACUUAAUUGUAUGACUGUAAGCUGUUUUGUUUUAUAAGAAAAAGGGGGUUUCUUAUUCCAUUGAAAGCAUACAGAUUAGAUCUGUUCAGAUGUGUACAGUAUAUGUAUGCAUACUGUACAAUAUGUAUAUAUUACUUAUACAGUAUAUGUACACAUGUACUGCCACACAUGUACAGUAUGUAUGCAUUCUUGAGAUACAGAUGUAUCUGAUUCAGCUUGGACACACGUUAUCCACACAGAAACAUUUUGAAAUGAGAUAGUCUUUUCAAAAUCUUUUGACAAAAAGUAUAUAUAUGUUUUGGAUGUUGGUAAAAUCUAGUCUGAGAUGUAAUGCCAAUUAAUAGCAACUUAGGUGAACUAUACCUCCCUAUUUAUGCAUAUGUAUUUUCCUGUUUCUGCUGAGGAAAAAAGGGAUUGUUUUAUCCAGUGUUUAAUAUUUGAACAGGGGUGAUUUUUUUACAAUUCAGGUUCAUUUUCAUAAAACAAUAAUCAAACCUAUUUUCACUCCACAAUAUCACAAAUAUCACUCUAAAACAUUGAGGGCACUUGAAAGGUAAAUCAUGUCCUUCAGCUGUUUGUGUUCAUUUUUAUCAUGUUUAUUUUGUUUAAAUACCUCAUAGAGAGAAAUGUUUAUCUUCCUGCUCUGUUUAACGCGUUAUAAAAAAAUAUUUAUUCUGCUGCCCCCUGCUUGCUGUUGUGUCCUACACUGAGCUGAAGAAGAAAGACUCUGUUAACUCGUAAUUACUUCGGACAGGUACUUGUCUUUCUGAUGGUUUGUGUGUGGACCAUAGUGCAGAAUGUGCUGUUAUUCAGUAGCUUUUUAUUUUGUUUUUAAUAUCUUUGGAGAAUCAUUGCUCAAGCUACCUUGUACUGUCUGGUCAUGACUGCUAUGAUUUAACUUGUCAGUGUGACUGUAAUAAAAAAGAAGCAAACACAA